ACCUCAAGGUCAUGGAACCAAAGCUCCCACACUACACAUGGCACUGACCGGAGUUUCUGCCGCCGUUGGCCGUGUUCUCAGCCGCGACAAAACCAGCAAGCGUGUCCUCAACAAAUCCUCGACCCGACCCGAAAAAAACUCAGCGACCCACCAAAUCCUCGAGCAACUAGAACACGGUAACAUCUCCAAAGCCGUCUCUCUCCUCUUCCCUUCUCUAGAGCCAGUCUCAUACUGGCUAUACGAGCGUCUUCUCCGCUCAUGCUCCUCGAAAUCACUCGUCGUGCAAGCCCGCAAAGUCGUCUCCCACCUGGUGACGUUCUCUCCCCUCCCCCCGAUCUUCCUACUCAACAGAGCCAUCGAAGCUUACGGGAGAAUCGGGUGUGCGAACGAUGCGCGCGAGCUGUUCGAGCAAAUGCCUGAACGAGACGGCGGGUCUUGGAACGCGCUGAUCACUGCUUGCGCCAAGAACGAACUCCACGACGAGGUGUUUCGUGCGUUUGUUAGGAUGAGUAGAGACGGAAUACGAGCGACGGAGACGUCUUUCUCGGGCGUGUUGAAGUCGUGCGGCUUCGUCUUGGACUUGAGGUUGUUGAUGCAGCUUCAUUGCUCUGUGGUGAAGCGUGGAUACUCAGGGAAUGUGGAUUUGGAGACUUCGAUUGUUGAUGUUUACGGCAAGUGUGGGGCUAUGAGCGAUGCGAGGAGAGUGUUUGAUGAGAUUGAAAGCCCUAGUGAUGUUUCUUGGAACGUGGUUGUGAGGAGGUAUCUUGAGAUGGGGUUGAACGAUGAGGCGGUGGUGAUGUUCUUCAAGAUGCUAGAGAUGAAUGUUCGACCUUUGAAUCACACAGUCUCUAGUGUAGUUUUAGCUUGUUCAAGAUCACUAACCCUCGAGGUGGGAAUGGUGAUCCACGCCAUUGCUCUCAAACUCAAAUUCUUGCCAGACACGAUUGUUUCUACCUCGAUCUUUGAUAUGUAUGUAAAAUGCGGGAGGCUGGAGAGUGCUCGUAGAGUGUUUGAUCAAACCGAGUCUAAAGACUUGAAGUUCUGGACUUCAGCUAUGUCAGGUUACGCGAUGAACGGUAUAACUAGAGAGGCAAGGGAGCUCUUUGAUUUGAUGCCUGUGAGGAAUAUAAUCUCGUGGAACGCGAUGUUGGGUGGAUACGUGCGUGCCAGCGAAUGGGACGAGGCGCUGGAGUUUUUAGCUCUGAUGCGCAAGGAGGUGGAAGGUAUCGAUAACGUCACUCUCGUGUGGAUUCUGAAUGUCUGCUCAGGUGUUUCAGAUGUUCAGACGGGGAAGCAAGCUCACGGUUUCGUCUACAGGCAUGGUUACGAUGGGAAUUUGAUUGUAGCUAAUGCGCUUCUCGAUAUGUAUGGCAAAUGCGGCGCCUUUGGGAGCGCCAAUGCUUUGUUCCGUCAGAUGAGUGAGCUAAGAGACGAGGUUUCAUGGAACGCUUUGUUAACUGGCUUAGCUAGAGUCGGCAGGAGUGAGCAAGCCUUAUCUUUCUUCGAAGGGAUGCAGUUCGAGGCGAAGCCUAGCAAGUACACACUCGCUACGCUCUUAGCGGGCUGUGCGAACGUUCCUGCUCUUGGUUUAGGCAAAGCAACUCAUGGUUUCUUGAUCAGAAACGGAUAUGAUGUUGAUGAUGUCCUACGCGGUGCUAUGGUUGACAUGUACUCCAAAUGCCGAUGUUUCGGCUAUGCUAUCAAAGUAUUCGAAGAGGCGGCUGCUACAAGGGACUUGAUGCUGUGGAACUCUAUGAUCCGUGGUUGCUAUCGUAAUGGGAGAAGCAAAGAGGUGUUUGAGCUGUUCAUGGCUAUGGAAGAUGAAGGAGUUAAGCCUGACCAUGUCACCUUUCUGGGGAUCUUGCGAGCUUGCAUACGCGAAGGCCACGUGGAGCUCGGUUUUCAGUACUUCAGUUCUAUGAGCAACAGAUAUUUUGUAUUGCCUCAGGUUGAGCAUUAUGAUUGUAUGGUUGAACUUUACUGCAAGUAUGGGUGUUUGCGUCAGCUUGAGGAGUUUCUCCUGCUGAUGCCUUUUGAUCCACCUGUCCAAAUGUUGACAAGGAUAAAUGAUGCGAGCAAAAAGUACGGGUGGCGAAAGUUAGGAGAAUGGGCUGCUGAACGGCUUAUGAAUGAUCAUCACGAGGAGGAAAGAGAUUGUGUUUUUGCAUAUGCAUUUUUGAGAAGAUUGCAGACAAAUCUGGUGUCUUUUGAAGACCAUGAAGAGGAAAGGGGAUGCAGGAGGUGAAACAAUUAGAGAGACAUCAUUAGUCUCUCCUGCCACUCCUAGAGUUCCUUGAUGACAGAGAUACAAUCCCCCACUGACCAUGCAACUUUCAUAAUGUAAGUUGUUCACUCUUAUAUAAGCUAUUAAUCAAGAUUGAUCUCUGAGUAUUUGCAGUUCUUGUUAUGAGGAUUGUCACACUUUUUUGCGUUUAAUCUCUGUUUUGUAAUUUUCAGAGUCUGAUAUUCAGAGAAGUCUGAUAAUCUUUUUAUCAAAAAGAUCAGUGUGAUGUCAUUUUAUUUGAUAUGUAAAUGCAGAACCAUUUGUAAAUAAUAACUGAUGUCUUUUGGAUGAAUACAAGAAUAGAAGUAUAUUAUUAUCA